AUGACCACCGACCCCCUGCGAAGCCGCAUCUUCAACGAACUGCGCAUUCAUUACGAGACGCAAGGAAAGGAAUUCAUCAACAUGACAGCAAAGAACCUGGCCUUCCUCGUUCGCCACCACCUUGGCCCCGAGAUCGAACCCACCAAAGUCUCCCUCCCCAUCGUCGACAUAUAUGAAGACGGAGCAACGGUUGCGCACAGAGCUGCCUUGGUGGUGCACGGGGCGCCAGGCAAGCAUCGGGUCCUCAUCCAAAACCAGAGUCCUGUGGGCCAUACGAACUGCCUCGUGCAUGAGCUAUCGGACAUGGCCGAAAAGGCUAUUGUGGGGAUCUUGGGGGAGGAUACACUGAGGCCGGUGUUCGAUAUCAAAGGUAGUAUGGAUUUCUGA